AUGUCUGCAAAGCUCCCCUUCAAUGGUCUCAAAUUCUGCUGCACUGGCGUGGAGGCUAGGACGAGGAAGGAAAUCAUGAAAAGUAUCAAAGCGUUGGGAGGGAUCCAAUACGAUGACCUAAUGACAGACGUACAGUAUCUAAUCGUUGGUAACAGAAACACCCCAAAGUACAAGUUUUGCGUCAAAAAGAGACUAGACAUUGUGUUCUUAGCAGAGGACGCCGUGUUGCGAAUAUACGAAAAGUGGCUCAUGGGCGAGGAGCAGUCGAGCCUACAGCUUGAGCAUUAUAGACUACCUGUUUUCAGUGGGAUCAGUGCAUGCAUAUCUCGAACGGACAUAUCACGAACUCAACUCAACCGGCUUUUUGGUCAGUCCAGUUGCCGCGGCAAGAGUGUAGGCACCACUGACUAUUUCAGCCACGAGAACUUGUCCAAAUUGGUGACCGACAACGGAGGCAAUGCCAAGGAGUCAUUGCUGAAUGAUCACGGAUGCAUGAUCAGCAGCGAUCCGCGAGGGACGCGGUACAACAAGGCCUUGGAGUGGAAGAUUCCCGUGGUGCAUCCAAUAUGGGUUUUCGAUAGCAUACUUCGAGGCGCCGCGUUGGAUCUCGCCGACUAUGGUUUGAGCCAAGACUCCAAGGAUAAUAAUGUAUACGACACGGGAUGCGAGGUGUGGGUGGAAAUCAGGGCGAAGCACGCUGCUGCUGCUGCUGCUGCUGCUGCUGUCGCCGCUUCUUCUUCUUCUUCUUCUUCACAGCCACUGCUAACCCGACCACGACGAACGCUUGUAACGCCGGAAAGCGAGGACUUGACCAAGGGCGAUGUCCCUAGAUUGCUGAAGGAAAGCAACAGAGACAUGUGGAACUCGGUCAUGGACCACACCAACAAAGCACCCCAGACAAAUGACGCAAACAACAAAAACAACAAUAACAACAACAACAGCAACAACAACAACUUGUGGGAUGAAGAAAGCGCAAGCGACAACGAAGAGGACGAAAUAGUCAAGGAAAACCAUCCAGAGGAAAUGGCAAAAAAGAAUACGUCAUUUUUGGGAUUCAAUUUCCUCUUGGUGGGCUUCAACUCGAGGGAGUCUGACUUGUUAAAGGCUGGAAUUGAAGGGUUUCUGGGAGAAAUAACCAGGGACGAGAGAGAUUGCUUGAUCAGCCACAUCAUCAUUCCUGCUCGCAAUGGCAGCCAAGCAUCCACUCUUUUGAAAAAAUUGCCGUCUGAUGUCAAGCUGAGAAUCACGAAUGGCGACAUUAAAGUAGUCACCGAAUUUUUCAUAGAACGGUGCAUCUACUACAAGAAAGUCAUUUUGGACAGUUGGGGGCAGCCAAUAAAGGGCCUCAUCCCUUCAACGAGAAAAUUCCAGGUGUGCACAUCGGGUUUCACGGGCAUCGAACUUCUACACGUUGAAAAGUUGAUCCGAUUCAUCAACUUUGAAUACUGCGAGACGCUUUCAAGCCAACGGGACCUUCUUAUACUCAACGUCAACUUGUUCAAGGACACAUUUGCCAAGAAUUUACCAAAGCUCUAUGACUACAAGCACAACGAUGUGCUAAAUUGUCCCGUCUACCAAUCGGGCCAAUCUUCGGUGUCGUCCCUUUCAGCGAAAAACAAGAUUGACGCGUCAAAGAAAUGGAGCAUCCCAAUUGUAUCAAUUGCGUUCUUGUGGGAGAUGUUGGAAAUAUCAAAGUACAAGCCGACGUUGAUGAUGCCCGACAUAUCCAACCCGAGAUGGUGCGUGUACUUUCCAAUAAACUACUCGCGACCAAAGUCGUUGUUGGAAUACAUCAAGAGCAUGAGCGGGAACCACAAAAGCACAAACAGCGAAGCUUUGCCGCAUGGCGGUGGAGCUGGCGACAAUGAGGAGGUGCGACUACCAUCCCCGAGGAAAUUGACGCCCAGGAAAAAGUACGGCAGGAUCGUGGGCCGGUCCCCUCAGUCGAUGAAAUUGGCCCCAAGCAGAGAAAAUAGCUGUAUCAGCAUGAUAGCAUCGGUCAACGGCGCUGAGAACGGACCGGAAAUAGAGUUUGACUUGACAAAAGAUGAUGAAGACGUCUCGCAGCAAGUACGAUACGAAGAUGCAGAAUCUGUGGUUAACCAAGAACGGCUCUUGGAGAAGUUGCAAAAACGGCAGCAAAGUGCGGUUGCAAAAGAAGCUAGUGGUAGCUCCAAGAAAAGAAAAACGCGCUCGAGUUAA